GCUCUGCGGUCUCCUGGCUGUCAGUCCCGCUCUGUACGCUCCUCAGCCUGCUGGGCCGUUCCGUGGGAUUGUGGAACCUCAGUAGCAUUCCAACAUCAGAUCGAUACAAGACCAUUCCAAUAUCAACCUAGAGCAGUAGCCUUGACUUUCUUCUUUCUGCACCCACCAACUUCUGCCAGUAUUUCUAAUUCUAAUCAUUAGCAUCAAGCGAAAGCACCAGAAGAGAUGCCGGCAAAAACUCCCAUCUAUCUAAAAACUUCCACUCCCAAGCGGGGUAAAAAGCCAAAACUUCGAGACGUACUUUCAAGCGAGAUGAUCAGCCCACCUCUGGGAGAUUUUAGGCACAGCGCUCACAUAGGACUGGAUGGAGAAGGAGACAUGUUUGGAGAGCUGUCAUUUUUGCAAGGAAAGUAUGAUCUUCUUCCAAGCAUGGGUAGAAAGUUUACCAUUCAUAGUACUGAUACCAGCCUUGAUGAAGAGUAUCACAGUGAUGCCGGUCAUGCGAGUUACAGACCAUAUCUGAAGAAUGCAGUGUCUCUUCCAGCCUUCAGUGCUCCCCAUAGUAAGGAGAGAGCCCCACCAAAACCCCCUAGGUUACACUUGGAAGAGACUCCAAGUCAGCGUUCUAUGUCCAUCAGCUAUGGUGAAAGAUGCUUUUCAAGAGAUGAGAAUGUUUCAUUUGCAUCUAUCCCUCUGGACCAAGAGAGCAGUAAUCUUGAGGUUUAUGAUAGUUCAUCUGAGGGAUCAAUCAAUGAAGAUGGUGCUCAGAGCCUUGGUUCCACUUCUGACCCAAUGCAGAAAAACAAAGACAACCAAAUCACCCAGGAACAAGGCAUUCCAAAAUCAGAGUCCCUCUCUGGGCUUGAAUUAGACCUGGGACCUUCCAUCUUGGAUGAUGUUUUAAGGAUAAUGGAUGAUUAUAAACUUUAAGACUAUGAGGAUAAUGGGUUGUUAUUCACUCUUAGAUUAAGGAAAACAGAGAUUUUGUACAAAUAUACAUAAACACUAUUUAUUUACUUGGAUUGCUUUAAUGAGGAACAACUUUCUUAAAGGUUUACUAAACCAACAAUUGUUUGCAAGGCAAACAGUGGGUUAGAACCCAAAAUACUGUCUUACAGUAGAUGUGAGUAUAUAGACUUUACGCACUCCCUACAAAGUUAUCAAACUGUUGUUCCUUCCAGUGGGUGUUCUCCACCAGUUUAUAAAAGGAUUCAACAAAUAUUUUGAGAAGAUAAAGUAGCACUGGGAUAUUUUGCUGCAAGUAGAGCUUGGAUAACGCGAGCUGGCACGGCUCGCGAGGAUGCAAACAACCCAACAUAAUAUGGUCAUUCCGCUAACCAUCUACAGAUCCUGUGUUCUGUACACAAACAUAUGAAAUACAGACUAGUAUUAUGACCCUUAUACUUGACCAGCUGAUGAUUUAGGUUAUAUCCGCAAUAUUGGUAGUCUAUAUGCAUGGUUGGCAGUAGAUAUGGAAUCUUAAAUAAAGCGCAGGGAAAUUUAAGCUGUUUUGCUGAUUAGUGAGUGGAAAGGCUUGCUGUUAGAAUGUAGAUUGCUGCCGUUUAAACAUUUGGUGUUAAAAGGCAGUAUUAUGGCACCAAGGUUCAGCAACCCCAUGCAGUGCCAAAAUAAUCCCCCCAUAUGUUAAAAAAAAGGCACAAAGUUUUCUCAGGUGCAGUAACCCAUAGCAUCCAAAAAGGUGGCCAGAAAAUGCUGUCUGCUGUUUGGUUGUAAGAUGGUAAGAACUGAAGCAAACUUUGCUCCUAUAUUACAAACCACCCUUUUAUAGCCUAAAGCUGGCUAUACUUGGACCAAUGAAAGCUGUUGAGUCAGCAGCAUAUUAGUUGCCCAAUCAAUAUCUGGCCCAAAAUUAGCCUCAUUUUGAUCGGGGAGGUUUAGAAAUCCUAUCAUUCAAGUACUGUGUUGGCUAAUUCCUCGUCCUGAUGGCCUGCAUCCCAUUACUGUGAUCCGAAUGAUUGGAUCAAUCCAAUACCGCCCAUCUGAAGAUGGACCUGUAUCGGUGAAAGAUCUGCUCAUUUAAUGAUCAGGCCAAACAAGCAGAUCUUCACAUGUAUGGCCUACUUAAGUCUCAAAUGAAUUCCAUUUGCAUCAAAUGACAGAGGGCUACAGGAGACAGGAAAAAAGGGCUGCUAUUUUGAACAGCGUCAGGAGUCACUUUGGUUGUUGCAACAUGGAAAAAAUCAAUCAGUAGUUCAUAUUUACUGGCUUUGGGCAUCAUGACAUCAAUUAGGUCAUUUCUAGAUUACUGCAAGAGGGAUAACUUUGCCUGUGUAUUGUAACCAUUUCAUUAGCAGGACAUUUUGUAUGGGUGAUUGUAUAUCUAUGGCAAAAAAACAUCAUGUUUUAGUUUUACAAGGAUCUUAUUGUCUGUGCCAUAAAACUGCUGCUCACUUAAGGAAACUUGUGUAUAAGGACUGGCAUAGAAACGUGAUUACUGCUAUUACAUUUUAAACCUUGUGAUCGUAGCUGUAGCACUCCAGUUAGGAGGAACUGCCCCAUUGCUACUUGUACAUCAGUAUAUUAUUAGGUAAGGAAGGCUGAGCUAUAAAUAAAUUACUUCUAUUAAUACACCAUGGCCCUUGUAUGAAUUGAGCCUUAAAGUUAUCACUGCCAUAAGCAAACGUUAGUCAUAGGAGGUGCUAAUCCAUAUACAUGUCACUGUCAUUGGUAUUCCCUCGGCCUUGGGAGGACUGAGCCCUGAACCUGUCGCUGCUGUUGGUACUCUCUUGUCUUUGGAAGGACUGAUUUGUUAACAUGAUGCUGCUAUUAAUAAACUAACCAUAGCAACGGCAGAAUCAAAAACUUGGCACUGACCUUCAUGCAGUUUUGGUCAAUAUAAUUCUACCAUAUAAACCUUAUUGCUUCAGUAUAUGCAUUCUUGGCUCUAGGAGUUAAUUACCCUUACAAUUAUAAAUGAUCCAGUGUGUGUGCACAAUAGCCCUGGGUUAAAUCGGUUUGAUUUCAGGAAAUCGCACACACACUCAACAAAUUUAUAUAUUAACACCCUAGAAUACACCUGUAGACUAACCAAUGCACACACAUAUGUAAACGCCUAUCUGCAUUGUGCUUUUCUACUUUUAGUAUUAUAAAAGUCGCACUAAUUGUAUAUGAUUUCGUUUUACAUCUGCAAUUUAAAGGAACACUGUCAGCAAAAUAAAAAGUGUUUUUCCCUAAAAAUAUAUGUGUAUGGUUUACUGAAAGAGUAAAAUUUGCUUUAUUUAUUUUUAUUUCAGGGACUGUGAUUAACCAUUGUUCUUGGUCAGUCUCUCCUGCUAACAGGGUGAAGACACACAGGGCGAUUAGUCGCCGUGACUUUUAGAAAAGUCACAGUGACUAAUUUGCGCGACGAAAUUGCGUGCACAAUUUGUUGCGGCAACACAAUUGUACUCUGUGGGCUGAAAGUCGCCACAACUGAGCUAAUAAAAAGUCACGGUGACUAAUCGCCCCAUGUGUUUUCAUCUUAGAGAGUCAGUGCUCUGAAAUACAUUUGUUUUCUUAUACAGGAAUGGGACCUGUUAUCCGGAAACUGUCCAGAAAGCUCUGAAUUGCAGGAAGGCUUCUAUACACUCAUAUAAUUCAAUUUAAAAAAAAAAUUAUUUCCUUUUUCUCUGUAUUAAUAAACUAGAACCUUGUAUUUGAUCCCAACUAAGCUACAAUUGAUCCUUAUUGGAGGUAAAACAAUCCUAUUGGGUUAAAUUAAUGUUUAAAUGAUUUUUAGGACACUUUAGAUAUGGUCCCAUACCUGUAUCAAAAUCCUGCAGCUUUUUUUAGGAUGAUAGUGUCCCCUUAAUCAACAUCUAUGUCUGUGCAUAUGUGUUGACAAUUUCCACAAUUUAAGUCUAGGCAACCUUGACAACACAAUCCCACCCCACUGGUAGAGAAUUCUGGGAGUUGUUGUUCUACUACACUACUGCCUGCCUCAGUUUUAUAGGAAAUGUUCACAGAAAACUGGCCUCUUUUAAUCCAUGAGAUGGGAAACCUAUAGUCUGAUAUAAUGUAUUAAUCUGUGCUCUAUACUGAUGUUAUUAAUGUAAUUAAACAUAAUUACUCUAAACACAUUUAGAUUGUCACUGCCAUUAUGAAAAGGAUUAAAAUUUUCUUCUCUA